UAUUAUUGUGAUAAAAGUUAGCUUUAAUAACACUUACAAGCCGCUACCGGUUCGUAUAAUACAAAAAUGCCUAAAUUGUACUGUACCCUUAUAAGUCCUCCCACCAGGGCGGUCAUGAUGUGCGCUAAUGUAUUGGGGGUUAAGUUGGAAUUAGUGGAGAUUGAUGUGCUGGCUGGGGACCAGCUUAAAGAAGAAUUUUUACGCAAGAACCCCUGUGAAACUAUUCCAGUCUUAGAAGAUGAUGAUGGAUGGAUCGUAGCUGAGAGUCACGCCAUUAAUGCUUAUUUAGUGGCCAAAUAUGGAAAGGAUGACCAAUUGUAUCCCAAAGAUUACAAAUUGAAGUCUCACGUUGAUGCAAAGUUACAUUUUGAUACUGGAGUUAUUUUUAUUAGAGGGUUAAAUAUCUCGAAACCUUUGGUUUACAGACCCGGUGGUGUUCAGCCAGAUGAGUUUCGCCUUAAACUUCUUAAAGAAGCUUUCGAAACUCUUGAUCGUAUGUUACAACGUACCAAGAGCGAUUAUAUAGUUGGUGAUAGACUCACUAUCGCAGAUUUCAGUUAUAUCACUUCAAUCACUCAAUGGAAUAUUUUCGUGCCUUAUAGCAGAUAUCCUUAUGUCGACGCGUAUAUUAAAAGAAUGAAGAAGUUACCAUUCUUCGAGUUAAAUGAAGAGGGAUGUAAUUUGUAUAAUGAGCUGAUUAAGAAAAAUCUUAAAGCUUGAAUAGUUUUAGUGUUUAUUGUAAGUUUUCUAGCUUUAUAAUGUAAAUUUGGUGACUAUUGAGUCGUCUAUUGAAUGUGCAUAAUAGAAAAAAAUUAGAAGGGAUAGAGUUUCGGUUUCCUAUUAUCUUCAAUUUAAAUUAACAUGAAAAAAUAGCAUACAUUUUGCAUAAUAACGUUUAUAUUUCAUCCUAUAAUUAUUACUUUUAUAGAAUAUAUAUUAUUAUGUAAUGGCUAAAAUAUCAAAUAAACAAGAUAAUGAUAUUUAAAGUUCCAAUUAACAAAAAUAGUUUAAUAAAUAUUUUUGUUUGUUUAAAACGAAUGCGUGCCCAAUUACAUUAAUUAAUUUUUAUUAGGAAAAUAACUUAGUUUAUCCUAAAAAGAUAAUGUGU